AAACUGAUAAUGCAUAACACUUUUAAUUAUUUGCUAAAUAUUUGAGAUUGCAAAAAGGAUUAAAACAGUUAAAAUUAAAUUCGUAAUCCAUAUAAAAAUGCCCUUUUAUAAAAUAUUUUUAUUCAUCGAAAAUCCAAAUUAUCCCAUCCCAUUUCACCUCCUAUAUAAAUUCGUCGGAAGUCUACUCGCCUACUAUUUUUGCUUCUGGACACGCAUCUGAAAACCUCACCAACUCCGAUCAGUAUCUAGGAUGGAGAAAGCCGGGUUUUUGUUGUUGCUACUUUUUCUAAUUUCAGUUUCCAGUAUAGUGACUGCUGUUGGCCCGCCGACAUGUCCUGCCGAUAUUACGGGCGAUUGCAGUGCAAAUGGUGGUGAAUGGGAAGGAGAGUUCUUUCCUGGCAUUCCAAAGAUUAAGUAUGAGGGGCCUUCAAGUAAGAAUCCUCUUUCUUUUAAGUGGUACAAUGCUGAAGAGGAAAUUCUUGGGAAAAAGAUGAAGGACUGGAUGAGAUUUAGCGUUGCGUUUUGGCAUACAUUCCGGGGCACAGGGGCUGACCCUUUUGGUUCGCCGACUAAGGUCUGGCCAUGGGAAGACGGCACAAAUUCUCUUGAAAUGGCAAAAAGAAGAAUGAGAGCAAACUUUGAGUUUAUAGAGAAGCUUGGUGUUGAUAGAUGGUGCUUCCAUGACAGGGAUAUUGCUCCAGAUGGUAAAACAAUUGAGGAAGCCAAUGCUAACUUGGAUGAAGUCGUUUCUCUCGCCAAAGAACUUCAGGGGACAAAGAUUCGUCCUUUGUGGGGAACAGCUCAGUUGUUUUACCACCCCAGGUUCAUGCAUGGGGCUGCUACUAGCCCUGAAUUAGGAGUAUAUGUAUAUUCUGCAGCACAGGUGAAGAAAGCCAUGGAGGUCACACAUUAUCUCGGUGGAGAGAAUUAUGUGUUUUGGGGUGGUCGAGAGGGUUAUCAAUCUCUUUUGAACACAGAUAUGGAAAGAGAGCUCAAUCACAUGGCGAAGUUUUUUGAAGCUGCAGUUGCAUAUAAGAAGAAAAUUGGAUUCAAUGGAACACUGCUCAUUGAACCUAAACCACAGGAACCAACAAAGCAUCAGUACGAUUGGGAUGCUGCUACAGCAGCCAACUUCCUUCGUAAAUAUGGAUUGAUAGAUGAGUUUAAACUGAACAUCGAGUGCAACCAUGCAACUCUGUCUGGUCACAGCUGUCAUCACGAGGUCGAAACUGCAAGAAUUAAUGGUCUAUUGGGGAACAUUGAUGCAAAUACUGGCGAUCCUCAAGUUGGUUGGGAUACCGACCAAUUUAUGAUGGAUGUUGGAGAAGCAACAUUAGUAAUGCUCACCGUGAUUAAAAAUGGAGGAUUGGCGCCGGGAGGGUUCAACUUUGAUGCAAAACUGCGGAGAGAGAGCACGGAUGUUGAGGACAUAUUUAUUGCUCAUAUAGCCGGAAUGGAUACUCUAGCACGUGGGCUACGAAAUGCUGCCAAGCUGAUUGAGGACGGCUCGUUGAGUGAGCUAGUUCGCAAGAGGUAUCAAAGUUUCGACACGGAAUUAGGAGCUGAGAUAGAGGCCGGUAAGGCUGAUUUUGACUAUCUCGAGAAGAAGGCUAUUGAAUGGGGAGAACCGAAAGUUGCCUCUGCUAAGCAGGAGUUGGCAGAGAUGAUAUUCCAAUCGGCAUUAUAGAUUUCUGGCCUCAAUCUCGACCGUUUUUCGUGCCAUUUUGUGUCAAGUAUUUAAUGAAGCUAGUGAGAAUAAUGUGCUGCUGUGUAGAGCAUGAACAUUUUAACUUUAGCCUACUUGGGAUUUGUACGAAAAGCUGAACUUUUAGGUUCAGGACUCUAAUUGUUUUUUUACCCUAAAAAAGUAAUUUUAUUGCAGCCAUCUUGCUUUGAUGUGUUGUCGGGCAAAUUUGAUCCUACCAAUGAGUAUUGGUAGGUGAGCAAAAUCGAUUCGAAAGAAAAGAAUCGAGCCAAACCAUGGAAUUCAGUGCUUCUUUUUUCGGUUUGGUUUUGAUUCGAUUUUUUGU